CCCUUUCGCCUCUCCCCGCGCUGCAAGCUCUGAUCCGGCGUCCCCGCUCCCCCUUUUUAAUCCCCGAGACCCCUUGCAGUCCCCACUCUGUCACCAUGGGCGGGUCUCAGUCAGAUCACCCCUCUCUGAGUGCCCUGUCCUCUGUUCUGAACCGGCAUCUGCACCCCAGCUUCCCCAGGUUUCCUGUCCUAAGAGGAGCAGCUGCAAAUGAAGGGCAGAUGCCAUGGAAGACUUAGGGGAAAACACCACCGUCCUAUCAACCCUGAGAUCUUUGAACAACUUCAUUUCUCAGCGAGUGGAAGGAGGAUCUGGACUGGAUGUUUCUACCUCUGCCCAAGGCUCUUUACAGAUGCAGUACCAGCAGAGCAUGCAGCUGGAGGAGCGAGCAGAGCAGAUCCGUUCCAAGUCUCACCUCAUCCAGGUGGAGCGGGAGAAGAUGCAAAUGGAGCUGAGCCACAAGAGGGCCCGUGUGGAGCUGGAGCGGGCAGCCAGCACCAGUGCCAGGAGCUAUGAGCGUGAGGUUGACCGCAACCAGGAGCUCCUCUCCCGCAUUCGGCAGCUGCAGGAGCGGGAGGCCGAGGUGGAGGAGAAGAUGAAGGAGCAACAAGAGCGCCACAGGUUGUGUAAGCAGAGUCUGGAUGCCACCAGCAAGAAGCUGCGGGAGAAGGAGGACGGCCUGGCCGAAGCCGGCGAGACCAUCAGUGCACUGAAGGGGAAGCUCUCAGAACUGCAGUGGAAUGUGAUGAACCAGGAGAUGCAAGUGAAGCGCCUGGAGUCUGAGAAGCAGGAGCUGAAGGAGCAGCUGGACUUGCAGAACACAAAAUGGCAGGAAGCCAAUCAGAAGAUUCAGGAACUCCAGACCAGCCAAGAAGUGAAGGCAGACCAGGAGUUGAGGAUUAAGGAUUUGGAGCAGAAGCUGUCCCUGCAGGAGCAGGAUGCGGCCAUUGUGAGGAACAUGAAGUCUGAGCUCGUGCGGCUGCCCAAGAUGGAGCGGGAGCUGAAGCAGCUGAGGGAGGAGAACUCCUACCUGCGGGAGACUCGAGAGACCAACGGGCUGCUCCGCGAGGAACUUGAGGGCCUGCAGCGGAGGCUGGGGCGUCAGGAGAAGAUGCAGGAGAAUCUGGUUGACCUGGAGCUGGAGAAGGAGAGGCUGCUGGCAAAGCUGCAGAGCUGGGAGAAACUGGACCAGACCACUGGCUUGAGCAUCAGGACGCCGGAAGACCUGUCCAGGUUUGUUGUCGAGCUGCAGCAGAGAGAGCUUGCCCUGAAGGACAGGAACAGCUCCAUCACCAGCAGUGCCCGGGAGCUGGAAAAGGUCCGGCAGCAGCUUCAGGACGAGGUCCGUGAGGUCAGCACUCAGCUGUUGGAGGAGAGGAAGAAGCGGGAGACACAGGAGGCCCUGGCCCGGAGGCUGCAGAAGCGGGUCCUGCUGCUGACAAAGGAGCGGGAUGGUAUGCGUGCCAUCCUGGGGUCCUACGACAGCGAGCUGACCCCAGCAGAAUACUCACCCCAGCUGACUCGCCGCAUGCGUGAGGCCGAGGACAUGGUGCAGAAGGUGCACGCCCACAGCUCGGAGAUGGAGGUUCAACUGUCACAGGCCUUGGAGGAGUUGGGAGGACAGAAGCAAAGAGCGGACAUGCUGGAAAUGGAGCUAAAGAUGCUGAAAUCUCAAUCAAGCUCUGCUGAGCAGGGAUUCCUGUUCUCCAGGGAGGAAGUGAGCUCACUCAGGAUGAAGAUUGAAGAACUUGAAGGGGAGAGGAGUCGUUUGGAAGAAGAGAAGAAGGUUCUGGAAGCACAGCUUGAGAGGUUCACCCUGCAGGGUGACUACGACCGGAGCAGGACCAAGGUACUGCACCUGAGCAUGAACCCAACCAGCACGGCGAAGCAGCGGCUCAGUGAGGACCGGGCACGGCUGCAGGAGGAGUGUGAGCGACUGCGGGAUCUGGUGCGCGCCCUGGAGAGAGGCGGCCCCGUGCCCACCGACCUGGAGGCUGCUGCAGGGCUGUCAUCGUCCAAGGAGGUGGCAGAGCUGAAGAAGCAAGUGGAAAGCGCUGAACUGAAAAACCAGCGACUUAAGGAGGUCUUCCAGACCAAGAUCCAGGAGUUCCGCAAGGUCUGCUACACACUCACGGGCUACCAGAUCGAUAUCACCACAGAGAGCCAGUACCGGCUCACCUCCAUGUACGCCGAGCGCAAGAAUGACUGUCUCAUCUUCAAGGCCGCGGGACCCUCCAGUGCCAAGAUGCAGCUGCUGGAGACAGAGUUCUCGCGCACCGUGCAGGAGCUCAUCGAGCUGCAUCUCUUGCACCAGGACAGCAUCCCUGCCUUCCUCAGUGCCCUCACCCUUGACCUCUUCAGCCGCCAGACUGUGACCUAGCCUGCAGCCACUGUCCCUGACCAUCGCCAGCCCUCAGCUUCUGCAGGUGGGAGCAGGCAUGGGCAGGAGGUUGUUGGGGUUUUCCCCACACGUCCCAGCCCCACCUGCACCUCCUACCCUGCCCAUUUGCAGGACACCCCAGCCUCCUCUGCCCACAUGCCACCACCUGCCCAGAAUGGGCAGUGUCUUUAUGUGAUUGGGACCCAUGAGCUCCACCCCAUCAACCUGCCUGGGCAGCAGCACCCCAUGCACAGAACCUCUGGACAUACCUCUGGUCAGCAGGGGUUAAGCUGCUCUGGGACAUCCUGGCAUGAUGCUCCCUCAUCCCCCAGACCCUGCGUUCACUCCUGCCCUGCAGCAAAGGGCCUCCAGCCUCUUCACCCUUCAUCCUGGAAAACUGGCCAGGUGGCCCUGUGGGCAGUACUCUGCGGGCCCUAUUCCUGCUCCCUCCCCGAGGUAUCUCUACCCACAUGCCAGUCAAACCCAGUUGUGCCCAGAAGCCUGGCCAGACAGCCCAGGGCUGGCAGCCAAGGUCUGUGGCUCCUUAUGAAAUAAAGGUUCCUCGCCACCCACACCGCCCAACUCGCUGUGUGUGUCUGAGCCCCACGCUGACAGGCUCCCUCUGCUUAUGCUCAGUCUAGCCCAGGGCAGCUCCUGGACACCGAGAAUAUGGGCUAGGCCGCCUAGGAGCAGCACCAGCAGCUGGUCAAGAUGCUCCCUGCACACCCACCUAGAGGGCCCGGGGCAGCUCUGCGCAGAGGGAAGGAGACACCCUAACAGCCUCAGGUGCUGGCUGGGCGGGCGGCUCCAAGUCCUCUGCUUGGGUGACAGCAAGUCACUGACUGGCCCCUCAUCGUGGUGGGGGUCUUCUGAAACCCCAACCAUUGCUUCCACAAUCACAUCUUCUCCUUUGUUCUGUCACCUCAGGACCACUGUUGUCUUCAGAGUAUGGAGUGUGGGCUUCAGGGUCCUAGGAGCUCGUCCCCUCCACCCCCAGCAUCUUGUGCUGAGGGUGAGGCUCAUGGGUCAGCUCGGACAUGAGGGUCAUGAAGGGCUGCCGGCCAGGGGCUGAGGAAUUUCAAGGGUCCUGGGCUGGUGGUCCUGCCGUUGCUACCUGGGGAUGGAGAUAAAGCGCUGCCUCAUUCACAUGCAGCUCGCACUCUGCCGUCGCCAGUCAUGGGGAAAAUGUGGCGUGACGUCAGCUGCCUGCGUGCGGGUACACGGCCGGCAGCUCCCCGCGAGCUUGGUCAUCAGCGCAGUGUGCACAGCAAGCCGCUAUCUGAGCCCAACAGAGGCCGUGAGAGCAGCCACAGGGCAGAGUCUUGCCAGGCAGCUCUGUGGCACAACUGCCCAAGGUCACCGCCAGAGGAGGAAGGCGGCAUGGGGACAGGACUGCGUCCACCUGCUCCCCAGAGCCAGAGCCCUGGGGAGUGUGGCCUGAGCGAGCCCUGAGUGUCACCUCCAGGUACUGCCCUGGGAGGCUGGGGCUGCACCCCCACCCCAUCCUCAUCUACCCUCCCAGAAAAGCUGAAGCCUUGAGACUCAUGUGUCUGGGUCAGGGCCACUGGGCCCCAGUCUGGGGCCAUGAGCCCUUGAGAACUGGGGCUACAGCCCAGCCUUGGGACUUCCUUCACCCUUCACCCCUCAGAUGAGCCCCAGUUCUCUUGUCCCAUGUGCUUGGGGGCCCCAAUGCCAGUGUGGAGAAUGGAUGCCCCUUUAUCAUGCUUCAUCUUCGCUGUCUGUGGGAUGCAGUAGCACUCACCCCAAAGCUGUGCCUGUGCGGAAGCUCCCGUCACAUUCCAGAAGAUGGGGCCACCAGCGCAGAGCAAAAUCCCUAUGAACUUGUUCUGAGCCUCCUGAAACCCCCGGGCAGAGCGGGAGGGUGCUCGGGACUUUGGAUCUGUUUGUCCCGUGUGUGCUGGGGUCUGUGGUCUCCACUCAGGAGUUCCAAAGCUGCAGCAAUAGUUAUCUCACCUUUGUGGGAGGAAAUGUCCCCACAGCCGUGCUUGGGGCUCCAAUGUGGCCCCAAGCCACCUCACAUGCCCCAUGGAACAGCUGCAUGCCCAGCUGCAGGUGAGUGUCCAGGGACCCUAGGCCUGGGCUCAGCUGCCUCUUGUGUGUGGGUAGGCUGAGACAGACCCUGCCAAGAGUAAGACUAGCUGAGGUCAUAACUCAACACAAAGUCUUUAGCCCAUGAAAUGCACUGAGCAGCCCGUGUGUGUGUGUGUGUGUGUGUGUGUGUGUGUGUGUGUGUGUGUGUAUGAGUGUGUGGGGGUGUGUACAUGUGCAGGUAACCAUGUGUGCAGGUGUGCGGGUGUGUAUACCUUGAGAGAGGUGGGAGCAGGGCAUGUUCUGCUGAGAUGGCUGAGGUCAGGGUUCUACCUGGGCCUCAGUGGCAGAUGCGGCCUUGAGAAACAUCAAAGGGUCACACAAACCAGAAGGCCGGCUGUCCUGUAACUUGGACCUGGACAGAAGCCCUUGACAUCUGCCCAGUGUGCACCAGAGGGGACCAGUCACCGCUGGCCUACAUCCCCAGGCAGGAGAUACCAAAAAUGGUAUCUGGAUUGCAAGGCCAGAACUGGACUCCAGCCAACCCAGGCAGAAAAGGAAUGUGCCAGAAGGGCUUGGGUAGGGCUGAGCAGCCAGAUUCAGAAAACUGUGGUCCCCAUUGUGCCACAGCACUGACUCCCACCGGUGGACACGUGGUCUCAUUGCAGGUUCUCUCCCCCUUCACCCAACACAUGCCCUGGGGUCUCUCUGCCACAGGCUUCCACCAGGACACCCCCUCAUGAUCCCUUAACUGCCCAGGACCCCGUGUCACUUUUAAGAGUCACAGUGCCUGGCAAGAUUUCUGAUUGGUCGAGCCUACACCCCGCUUCUGUGAGAUAGGUUGGGAUAGCUAACGGCCAACAGACAAGGGCCUCUAUCCCAAAGGAACAUUGAACUUGAGCCUCAUCCCAGCACCAGUCUCCCACCUCCCUCCCACUGCAGUGAGAGGCGCCUUCUCACUGGAAAGCCACCUCAGGCCUAACCACCUACCCAGCACUGACACACAGCCCGAGGGUCACUGGUUCCUAUGUUCUGAAGAUGGAAUUUUCCUUUCCUGAACAGAGGCAGCAGGCACCACCCGCUCUCUGAGGUGUCUGGGUUAGGAGAGGGGAGCAAAGGCCCAGCUAACAUCCUCCCCACCAGGCCUGACUUAGUCUCUUCCCAGUGCUGCCAGGGGGGAUUAAAAUGACUUCUCACAGGGAUCAGGGGUCCCACCCAGCUCCUGGUGGGCAAGCCACAGAAAGUUCUGGUUCUGGCAGAUCCCACUUCCUCCAGCUCAUUAGUGAACGCCUGAUGGUAAAUGGUUCUUAAGCCGCUAAUGACUAAUUUUAAGGGAUUAGUGCCGCAGCGAUAAACUAUAAUUGCCAGAAUGUAACAGGAUUUGGUGUGUGACAGGGCUCCUUCCAGCUUCCCGGUGGCUCCAGGGGGGACAGUGCCACCUGCUGGGGUCUUCUCAGGACCCCCACCUCCCACCUGGGCACCCCAACCUCCCUCUGUGUCUGCCAGCACGCGGUUUGCCAUCGUUGUUAUUGCUUCUCUCCCUCUGCGCACUUCUGCCUCAUGUUCUGGGAAUGAGUAAGUGCCCAGGUUUUCUCUAGCUCCUCAUGCCCAGCAGCCGCAGCCCUGGGACUUGUGAGAAAUGCAGGUUCUCAGGUCCCUGCCAACCCUGUGAAUCAGAAUCUGCAUGAGACUUGACCUCCAGGCAGUCAUAGGCACGUUCAAGCCAGUAAAGCUUUUGCUUAAAAGAACUACCCCAAUUUACAGAGCUCCCCGUUCCAUAAUGACCCUGCAAGUUGAGUCUUGCUGGGGACAAGACUGAAGCUCAGAAAGGACAGGGAUGCGCCUCAGGUCACGCGCACCCAAACCCAGCCUUCCUGAUGCAGACUCACGGCUCAGCCUCUGAGGCAAACUUGACCCAUUUCCCUUGUUGCUAAAGGUCAUCAGGAUGCCAGGACCUAGGGAGGCUGACGGCCUCUAUCCCAGGACAUAGGAUUCCGGACCACAUGUAGUGUGUCUGCAUGACAAAUUGUGUCUGCGAUGUGUAGGAGUGUACACCUGUGUAUACAUGCAGGACUUUGUGUGUGUGGCUUCAUGGCUGUGUGUGUGUUCUGUAUGUGCACUGUUUGCAUUUGCACACACAUGUCUUGUGUGUGUGCACAACUGCCAUAAGUGUACGUGCAUGCAUGCAUAAUGAGGACAAGCACUUUAUCAAACUGGUGUAAUAGUUGCUUCAGGCCCAGAGAGUCACAAGGCCCUCUCCAAAGUCACACAGCAAGAGAAAGUCAAGGAUGGGAAGCAGGGCCGUACAGACAUCAUCUCGCCCAGCCUGCUGCCUGCCUCAUUGUUUACAUUUUCUUUAUCUUUAACUGCACACUUUUAAUACGGCAUCAGUGUGAAAAGAAAAAUGCUCUGUCAAUAGAAAUGUGGAGUAAAAGGAAGUUCUGUUUGGGCCCAUCCCAGCCUUUUCCAUCUGCAGAUGGGUUCACCCACCUAACGUGGACACACAAAAAGCCAUUGUUUGAUUUCACUUGGUUGUGUGUAUGGUUUUUAAAAUAACUGAGUUGUUCUGCAGCUUGGUUUUUCUCAUUGAACAAUUGUCUUGGAAAUUUUCCAUAAAAGCAUCUACUGAUGUAUUUCACUGGGUUUUUGUUGUUAUUU